UCCAUGGGAGAUGGGCUAUGCUUGGAGCACUAGGCUGCAUCACCCCUGAAGUUCUUGAGAAAUGGGUUAGAGUAGACUUCAAGGAGCCAGUGUGGUUCAAGGCAGGAGCUCAGAUUUUCUCAGAAGGAGGCCUUGACUACUUGGGCAACCCCAACCUUGUUCAUGCUCAAAGCAUCCUGGCAGUCCUAGGAUCCCAGGUUGUCCUCAUGGGACUCGUAGAAGGGUUCAGAAUCAACGGUCUCCCUGGUGUCGGAGAGGGCAACGAUCUCUACCCCGGCGGCCAAUACUUUGACCCUCUUGGCCUUGCUGAUGAUCCAGUUGCAUUUGCUGAACUCAAGGUGAAGGAGAUCAAGAAUGGAAGGCUAGCCAUGUUUUCGAUGUUUGGUUUCUUCGUCCAAGCUAUUGUUACCGGCAAGGGUCCCCUGGAGAACCUCCUGGAUCACCUCGAGAACCCUGUCGCUAACAAUGCUUGGGUUUACGCUACCAAAUUUGUGCCCGGAUCUUAAACUGAUUAUCAUUUACUCAAAUUCUUGUUUCAUGUGAAAUGUAUAUUGUAAAAAUUCUAUCCCAUUGAGAUCCUUAUCAUCUCUAACUUGAUGUUGUUGUUGAUCUUGUCUGUUUAGAUGCAUUGUUUGAGAAAUAGCAAACUAUUGCAAAGUGUGA